AUGUUGAAGUUGACGUAUACGAUAUUAAGUGUCACUUGGUUAGUAACAAGCUCUUAUGCGGCUUUAGCUCCUUUUAUACAAAAAUGUAAAUGGGACAACCGAGCGUGCUUGCUGAAGUCAUCGCAAACAGCAAUACCUUACUUCGCUGCUGGUGUAUCAGAACUUGGAAUGUCUCCACUAGAUCCUGUAGCACUAAAUACAGUUUCUUACAAUGAAGGAGGCUUAGAGAUCACUUUCAAAGAUAUGAUUUUAUCUGGAACGAGGAACUGUCAAGUUAAAGAUGUAGAACGUAAUAAAGAUGAACAAUGGUUGAAAUUUGAAGUCGAGUGUCCCAUACAAGUGCACGGUAACUAUAUUAUUUCAGGAAAUCUCUUCAAUAUACCAGUAGAAGGGUCGGGACCCUUCAGUGUAAAGACAGACAAAUUGUUCAUCCUUCUCAAAUGUCGUUUGGUAUCGGUCGAUGGCGAAAACGGUCAAAAAUAUUGGAAAUUAAAUAACGAUGAGCAUACAUACGAAUUUCAAUCAAAAACGUUACUCAAGUUCGAGAACUUGUUUAACGGGGAUACAGAAAAAGCCGCUCCAAUCAUGACCAUUUUGGAAGAGAGUUGGAAGGAAGUUGUACAAACGUUUGGUAAACCUAUUGUAUCUGAAGUACUGAAUCGGAUUGUCUCACACUUGGAUGUGUUCUUCAAAACCGUACCUAUCAGCGAAUUGGAGAUUUAG